AUGGCUUGGUCGUUUUCCUCCUUGUUACUCUUCACGGAUCUUGUUUUCAGUUUUGGUUACUCUCUUCGUAAUUUCAUUGGACAUUCUUCUAUGGUUACGUCACUUGACUUCCAUCCCAACAAGGAUGAUCUCAUAUGUUCAUGUGACAAUGAUGGAAAAAUAAGGUACUGGAGCAUCAACAAUGGAAGUUGCACAAGAGUGUACAAGGGUGGUAGCACUCAGAUAAGGUUCCAACCACGUGUUGGAAAGUAUCUCGCAGCUUCAUCAGCAAAUGUUGUAUCUGUAUUAGAUGUUGAGACACAAGCUUGUAGACACUCUUUGCAGGGCCAUGCUAAUCCGAUAAACUCGGUUUGCUGGGAUCCUUCUGGUGACUUCUUGGCAACGGUUAGUGAAGAUAUGGUGAAAGUUUGGACGCUUGGGACAGGUAGUGAAGGAGAAUGUGUUCAUGAGCUAAGCUGCAAUGGCAAUAAAUUCCAGUCUUGUGUUUUCCAUCCUACUUACCCUUCGCUACUCGUAAUUGGUUGUUACCAGUCUUUAGAACUAUGGAACAUGUCAGAGAACAAGACGAUGGCAUUGCCUGCUCACGAAGGGCUAAUUGCGUCAUUGGCUGUUUCAACUGCGACUGGUUUGGUUGCAUCAGCUAGUCAUGACAAGUUAGUGAAGCUGUGGAAGUGA